AUGUCUAUGCAACUUCCACGCACCACUUACAUCCCUCCCCAGACCAGAGCUCGCGUGGUCUCUCGCAACGUUGUUCGCAACGGAGUUGCCCGUGUAGUCUCUGGCCCCAUCCCUGCCCCUGUCACCAUCGGUGAGCUUCAAGCAAGCGCCAUUCCCCGAAGCCGCAACGUCUCUGCUGGUUCGGUGGCUUCACUCCUGAUUUCUACUCCUUCCAUCAACGACUCUGCAACCUCCGCUUUGUCUGGUUCCUCCAAUGACAGUGAAGUCGAUCAGUCCAGCCGUUCCUCUACUGCUCCUUCUGUUCAGCCUACUGUCAGUCGUGAUGCCGAUCAGCCGCAGACUCCUACACACUCUUCCACUCGUCAUGCUACUUUCGAAGAUACUGAAGAUGUCGAAGUACGUCUUCGACCAGGUCUGAUUCAAGAUCCGUCUCCUCGUGUCAGUGUUUUGACUGCAGUCAACUCUCCUCUUCGUCUCAGCAACGGCACAGCAGUCAAUCCUCAAAAGCUGCUUCCAAUGGCUGAAGAGCUUGAGACAGCCCGCCUCGGAGGUCGCUUUCCUGUCACUACAGCUCCUUACAUGGAUGCCCAGGCAGUCAUGGACGACUUUGACCAACUUCAGCUUCUAGUCGAGCUUGAGCAUGGUUCACGGGAGUAUACAGAGCUCUACGUCGAGAAUGUCCGCCGCAUCCGCGAGAGGGACUCGGUAGUUCAUCACGAGAACCAUGACGCUCACAUGCGACACACCAUUGAUAACUUGAUGAGAAAUCAGGAUGUCGGUGAAGAUCUCCAUGCCAUCAUUCGUCAGGCAGCUAGGAACGCUAGUGCGAAUGCUGUCCGCCAAGUUCUUGCCGAAAACAAUGGCCAGUCUCUUCAUCAGAACGUUGUUCGUGAGGUCUCCCAGGCUGUCAUCCGAGCAAUGGCCGAGCAUGGUCUUGUUGGUGGUCAGGCUGUUGACAAUGUUGAUGACAUCUUGGAGGAGAUGUUUGGUGUUGUCGAGGCUAGAAUCCUUGAUGCUACCGGUCCUCUUAGACUCAAUGUCAACAACCUUCGCAACCUCAACCAAGCUCACGAGGCUGCUAUUGGUGAUCAGAUCAACCGCAUCGACCAAGGUCUUGGUGAUCAGAUCAACCGCAUCGACCAAGGUCUUGGAAACCACCUCAACCGCAUCGACCAAGGUCUUGGAAACCACCUCAACAACCUCAACACCCAAGUCGGCGCCAUGAACAACCACGUCAGUGCUGUUGGCAAUCAUGUCAAUGCUCUUGGUGCUUUUAUACAUGCAAUCAAUAACACGGUGUCCCUUACCAACAACCAAAUGGGCCAGUUCGGCAACGAGAUCAACAGUCUCCAGCAAAUUGCCAAUAUGCUCCCUACAUUGGUUCAACAGGUGGUUCAACAGGUGGUCCAGCAAUCCGUUCAGCAAAUUCUCCCUGGUGCCGUCCAGACAGCUCUUGUUCAGGCUAUCUCUGGUGCUGCUCAUGCUACCAAUAGCAAAGGCUCAGACAUCACUGCUACGGAAGUCGCUGCUGCCAUGAACGAGGAGACUGUCCAUACCAACAAGGCAAAGAAGAACAAGAAGCGUGGUUUCUGGGCACGACUCUUCAAGGGCUGCAAGAAAGAUGACCGUAAUAGUGGCGCGCCUCCUGGUAUGGCUUGCUAA